AUGCUCUCACGUCGCGUCUUCCAGCGGCUUACCGACAGCUUGCUGUUAGGACCUCAAUACCGGCCAACAGCCUCUUUCUGCCUUGUGCAACAAUGUUGCCAUUGCCCUCCUCGUAGUCGUUCGCCUGCCGUCUCUGCUCAACGUGCGUCUUCCUCUUCGACAAGAUGGAAGUCAAGGCAAGGCAAGGAUUUCUUUGCAAGAGAAGCACGAGUCCAAGGGCUCAAGAGUCGUGCUGCAUUCAAGUUGCUUGAACUUAACAAGAAACACAAGUUGUUCAAGCCUGGUCAGACGGUGGUCGAUCUGGGAUAUGCGCCAGGAUCAUGGUCGCAGGUUGCGGUGAACUGUACAGACCCAAAUGGACGUGUAAUUGGCAUCGAUAUUAUACCUGCACAGCCUCCGCGAGGCGUCUCGACCAUUCAGGGCAACUUUCUAUCGGCUGAGAUUCAGGAAGAAGUUCGGGCCUAUGUGCGGGAUCCCGAACUGGGUCGACCGCGAAGGACAUUCGCAUCCAACAACGAACAAGGACGAAUAGAAGCUGAAGUGGACGAAAUGGAGCGCGGCUAUAUCGACAUCGAGCGACAGGCACAUCUAGAGGGUGCGGAUGCAAAGACAAGUGAGCAGCCAGUAGACGAGGGGAGAACGGAGGAGGCGUCAAAGGCGAAGAUGUCUUUGAAGGAGCGGGAUACACGACAAGGAAGAGUUGUGGAUGUUGUACUCAGUGACAUGUCAGAACCCUGGGACCAGACGACGGGCUUCUACAAGAAGAGUCUUAGUGACCCUUAUUUUAGGAUGAUGAAUACCAGCGGAAACGGCUUCAGAGAUCACGCGGGCAGCAUGGAUCUGUGCAUGGCUGCUCUAACGUUUGCUUUCGAUACGCUCAAGACGGGCGGUCACUUCUUGUGCAAGUACUAUCAGGGUGCGGAAGAGAAGGCUUUGGAGACGAAACUGAAGCGAUUGUUCGCCCAGGUUUGUCGGGAAAAGCCAGACUCGUCGCGCAAUGAGUCCAAGGAGGCCUAUUUUGUGGCCCUGCGGCGUAAGGAGGCACCGACCAAGGAGGAUGUUUUUCGAUAG